AUGAAUACACACAAGACAUUGUCGAUAUCUUCGCUGUUGUCAACUGACGAUGAACCAGGGAGGGGGGCCAACGCAAACCCUUUUCCACAGAUGGUCUCUGGCGCAAAUGCAAGAUUCCAAUCACCUCCGACGACGAUACCACAAUCUCUGAACGUACCACAAGCACCAAUUUUGGCUGUUCCUUUAGAACCAAGUCCAAUCAAGUCCAUGCGAAUCAUUGCAAUAACAGAUCAUUCAAGGAAAGAAUUGAGCCCCAUGUCCGUUUCGAAUUUGAUGAAUUCAACCAACGACGAGCCAGUUGCGUACAAAGAGCGGAGCCCACCGACAGUGGUUAACACUGCCAAGGAACCAACGGCAGUGCUAGAUGCAGCAGGAAACAACAAACCGAAGAAGGCUGGCAGGAAAGAGCCUUCUGUGGUGAGCGACACGGCCAACAGUAACAAAAAAGACAAAGGUAAGAAGACCGACGAAGCGAAGGAAAAUGAGCCCAAUGAGCCUCUCAUAAUAACUAUAGACAUCCCUCUGUCUACGCAUAACGAUGUGCACAUGGAACACAAUUUUGCGAAACUGGUUGAGGAGAAAUACGGACAAUACGAGACGCAGGCACCAUUCACCAAGGGAUUGUGGAAUUUUGACGGAGAUGGUGAUGCCGAGGGCGACGACGAGGGCGAUGCCGAAGGUGACGUGGAAGAGGAUGAAGAGGAGGAAGAAGACGCCGACUUGGAUGGAGAGACAGGCCCACCGAGUGCCGCACCCAACGAAUACGAGGAGGAAGACGAUAUAGUGAAAGCUUUGCAGAUCAAGUUCACGCCCGGCAUGAGUGACAUGGAGAAGGAGUCGCUUGUUCUCAAAGAGAUUCAUCGCCGGAAAAUGGUCAACAACAAGCGGAUAGGUAAAUACGACGUUGACGAUCCGUUUAUCGAUGAUAAGGAGCUUGAGUUUGAAGAAGAGACUGGAGCAAAUGCUGAUGGCUGGUUCAUCUGGCACGGCAAACUAGACGUGUCCAAGAAAAAGAAGAAUUCUGCUCCCGAGCCUAGGGUCGAAAAGUCGGCGAGGUCGAGUAAGGCUAGCAGUGCAGCCGGAAAUUCGGGAUCUAGCAGAUCAAGGCACAACGCCAGCUCAAACAAUGACAACGCCAGCAAUGCCGUUUCCACACCCUCUGGGAGUGCAACCGCCGAGAAACGAAGGAAGGCCUUUGACAGCUCAGUGGUGAGCUCUCCUGCAGCAAAGCGGCCCAAAAAGACUGCUUCUCCACCAGUGCCCGACUCCUCCGCUGCCUCCAGCGCAUCGAAAGCUUCUGCUGCCACACCCUCUACAACCACAAUCACAACCACAGAAACAGUUGCCAGUACGGCCACGCCCACGGCCACCACUACGGCCACUAUUACACCCGUGCCACAAACGACCAACGACCCUGCCGACGGCAGUAAGGGUAGUAAUAAGAUCAUCAUUGGGUCGUUUGGUUUUGGAUCUUAG